CCCCAAUUGGCAAUUACUUGUCCCCUUCCGCCCUCCAAUUGCAAAUAGCCUGCCGUUUCUGUAACCCGUGCCUCCUGACCCGUGAUGAAAUUAAGGGUAUUUAACAGCAGUUAAUAGGCACAAAUGAUUCCAUAACCUGACCAUUAAGAUGAAAGGCUGGGGGAAAGGCGACGAUGCUAAGAUUGCUAACAAAGGGGGUGGCAAGAAUACUGCCUUGCCAUGCCCCAGCGGCCAAGCCAUGGCAGGUCGAGACAACCGAGCGCCUCAAGCGCAUCAGCAGCCAGCAUCGGGUGCUGCAGCGCCUGGAGGAGGGGGAGGGCCUCAGGCGGUGCUAUUGGCCAUUGAGCGUGAGCUGAAAGCAGCGCGUCAACAGUUGCACCAACAGGGCCAAUAUGCGGCGUUUACAGCAGCACUCUCCAAGGCGUGGCCGUCUCUGGAGCGCCUCGGCACGCUGCGCUCUUCCGAAGAUGUUGUGCGGCGAAUUCGUUAUGGUGACAACAACUACUUGCUCGACUAUCUUAUGCGCGAGAAGCGCAUCCUAUCGGCAAUUGCCUCCUACCUCGCCGUACAUUCCGGCGUGGCUACGCUUCAUGACCUGGAGGCCUUCAUCAUGGAAAGAGAGCGGAAGCACCUGCCCACCGGUGCCGCUGCCCAGCUUUCCGACAUGCUCCGCAGCUACAAUGACCUCAUGUUGGGCCCGCUGGUACGACACCCGGAGGUCAUCAGGGCCAAGUUAGCAGGGCCCGGCAUGCCGCCCGGCAUGCCCGAGCCCAAGGUCACGAGGGUGGACGUGUUGGCGCUGAUAGCUGAUAAGCUACGCAGCCAGCGCAAGGGGCAGCCGGUGACAGCGGAGGAGGUGGAGUUGCUGGUGCAACGGGCGUACGACAAGUCAUGCCUGGACCUAGGAGUGAACGUGGGGCCUCAUCUGGGGCUGUUGGUGGGGGACCUUCUCGCGGCCUCCUUCGGAGCCUCCUCAGAGUUGAACAACCUGAAACGGAAGGUGAAGGCGGAAUUGACGUCUGCCGCUCAACAAAGCAUGAAGCCACUGUUGCAGGCCAUGUCAAGCCAAAUCGUUGCGAGCACGCGUGAGAUGAAGGAAAUGGCAAAGGCCUUUGCAGCCUCCCGCGUUCAGCAACUGCAUAAGGCUGACGAGGCCGCAGCGGCGGGGCAGCAGUAUGCAAUGCCCUUGGAAGUGGCCCUUGAUGGGUUGUAUGACCGCCUCCGGGACGUGUUGGGUCCCUCCUCCAAGGCCAUCUCCUUGGGCGAUCUGGGAAUGGAAGCGGUGAAGCAUGCGGCGGAGUGCGCGACGUACACCCUGGAACCUGAGUUGCCUGCAACAUGGCUUCGGCUGCUUGGGGAGGACUCCGCGAGCUACGUCUUAUCGCUCAUGGAGAGGGGCAUUGUGGAAGUCAAGAGCGAGGUGCUAAGACCGCUUUGGAACGCCCUGGAGGCUGUAGCGCUACUGGUCGUACAAGCCCGUCAUGCGGCCCGCUGGCAGCAGCAGCAGCUGCAGCAGCUGCAGCAGCAGAUGGAGCUUCUGGCGGAAAUCGUGGGGCAGCAGGAGAAGUUGGGAAGCGAGGACGCGGAGGAGGAGAAGGAGGAGGAGGAGGAGGAUGCCGCCAGCACCGCAGGGGUGCGUUUCCGUGGAGCUGCUGGCGGGGAGUCCGGCAGAGAGUCGCGUGGCUGGUCACAAGCGGACGGGUUUGAGUUACGGAGCCGCAGUCGACGGGGCGGUGGUGGUGCCGGAGGGGCUGCGGCGCCUCGUCAGCCGGUGUCCUGGAGGCGGCUGCGAGCGCUGGUGGCGGAACUGAAUCAGGGUCUCUCCCUCCGCGCCCUCGCCUCCCUGGAGUGUGAGGUGGCCCAGGCUCUGGGCUGCCGUACAUUUGCUGAGCUCGGGCGGGGACAGUCACUGCUGGCAGCCCUGGUAACUCACGAGGACCUGGUAUGGGAGUUGCUGGGCGGGGAGGAGGCGGCGGCGGCACUGCUGACCGCAGCAGGCUCGUCUGGGCUGCAGGAGGGGGCAGCAGCGGCACUCAAGCUGACAGCGGCAGGAGGGGGAGGAGGUGGAGGUGGAGGGGGUUAUGGACCCGUGGGUCGGGAGGAGGUGCUGACGCUGGUGGGGAUGGUGCUGGCAGCCAGGAGGCGUGCGGCAGCAGCUGGGGAAGGCGGCGCUGCAUCCUCCCGGCAGGACGGCCGCCCCUACGAUACUGCCAACAACGGUAGCAACACGAACGACGAUGGAGAUGACGCCGACGUGGCAGCAGUGGAGGAGGCGCUGCGACGACAGUACGGCAUUCCAUGCGCUGUCGUACUCGGCUUCGGGCCUGUACGACACCUCAUUGCUGAGGCAGAAGAAACACUGAAGACGGCGUCAUCGCUGUACGGCACGUCCGUCGUACCCUCAUCUUCACCCGCAUCAGCUACCGCCGCUCAAGCUGCUGCUGUAGUGGUUCCGGAGCUUGGUUUGGUGGGCGCUAGCGCUAGCAGUGUUGGUGGAGGUGGCGGCAUGGGCCUGUUGGGUGAUAUGGGCAGUGACGCGGCUGCUGUUGCAGCGGCUGCUGCCGCCUGCCUGGAUGCCGCUCCGAUGUGCGGCGACCUGGGCGAGUGGAGCCGGUGGGAGGAGCUGUUCAGGCCGCAGCUGGGACCAUUGAAGCUGUACCUGCAACAACAGAGGUCCACCCAGCCGGGUGGUGCGGGUGGUGUUGCUGCUGCCGGCAGCUCCUGGCGUGUGGUGGAGGCUGCUGGCGGGCGGCUGGUCAAGAUCCCCGCAGGACUGGGAGUGCAGGGUUUCCUCUCGCUCUUCCAGCAGCGGCUGGGGGCGCUAGACGGGCGGGGCAUGGCCGCCGCACUGCUAGGGCUGCUGGGGGAGGCGGGAGGCGCGGAGGGGGCACCGCUGAGGUACCUGGAGGGUCUCGUGGAGGGCAGCUGGGCAGCCUGGGUGGAGCGGCAGGGGGGAUCAGGUGCAGGUGCAGGUGUGGCAGGUAUGGCAGCGGGCCGGGGGGCCCUACGUGCUGCCGUCAGCGGCUGCCACCGCCCGCACCCGCACCAGCCGCUGCUGCGCUGCUGCCUGGAGUGCCUGGGGGCGGUGCCGCUGAGAGCCGUGCGGGGCAGCCUGGCGGCGAGUGUGUUGCUCCCCCCACUAGAGAACCCCCACAUCCUGGGUCGGGGCUGGCAGGAGGCGCUGCUGGCGGCAUGUGCAGGCCCGCAGCAGAGGUCUAUCUUGCACCAGUUGGGUAUGGAUCUGCGAGUGGAGGAGUGGUGUCGGGACUGGCUGGCUGCCCACGUGCCGCCGCCAGCACCGCCCCCGCAGCAGCAGCAGCCCCCCGCCGUACAGCAACAGCAGCAACAGUCGCAGCCGCCUGCGCAGCAACAGUCGGAACUAUCCCCCGCACAACCUUCUGCUGCUUCUGCUGCUGCGACUGGCCAGCAGCUCCGGCCCCAACCCCAGCCAGGAUUGGCUGCAGGGGAGCAGCAGGAAGGGGCAGCCACAACGGGUAGCGAGGAAAUGGCAAUCAGGCCUGGCGAACCACCACAACAACAACAUCGGCAGGAUGUCAGCGGGGGCGGUGGAUCGAGGGGCAGCUGCGAUGUUCCUGUCGCUGCUGCUGCUGGCAAGAGCAGUGCCCUGGGCGAGGGCACAGCGGCAGCUGAUGGAUCUGACAACACCGCAGCUGAGGCAGGCUGCGCAGGAGGGGGAUCAGGGGCAGCAGGAGCAGCAGAUGCCGAUGGGAAGCAGCAGCAGCGGGGCGGGCAGCAGCAGCUGGGGGGAACAGCAGCGGGUGCUGAGGCUGAGGCUGAGGCGGAGGCUGAGGAGCGGCGACGCCUGGGGGCGCUGGUGGUGGAGAGGAUUCGGCAUACGUACGGUGUUGACAAGCAGUUUUCCGACCCGGACGCCGUGGAAACCAUCCGGUGUAACACGCAGCGAGUGGGCAAUGCGGUGGAGCAGCUCUCUGCACAGCUGUAUUCCAAGGACCUUCACUUUGUGAUGGAGCUGCUUCAGAACGCGGAGGACAACAGCUACCCCCCUGGCGUGCUGCCCUGUCUGGAGUUCGUGCUGACACCCUCAGCGCUUGUGGUUCUCAACAACGAGAUGGGGUUCAAGGAGGCGGACAUUCGUGCCCUCAGCGACGUUAACAUGAGCACCAAAAAGAAGAAACGCGGCUACAUCGGCAAGAAGGGCAUUGGCUUCAAGUCCGUGUUCAAGGUCUCCUCCGCUCCCGAGGUGCACUCCAACGGCUUCCAUGUGGCAUUCAGUCGCACCCUGUACGGCAACCUAGGCAUGGUGCUGCCCUCUGCCGUACCGCCGUACAACGGGGCGGAUCUGCCCAGCCAGCUGGGGCUGAUCCCCGGUGGAGGCGCGAGAACCAUCAUACGACUGCCGCUGGCUGUGGCUGCGGGGGCUGUCUCAGGGGAGGGUGGCGACGGAGGUGGUGAUAACGAGGAGGCGGCAGCGGCGGCGGCGGCUUCGGCAGCGGCUGUAGAUAGCCUGCGACGACCCCUGUCUGAGGUGGACCCCCGCCUCAUCCUCUUCCUUAAGAAGCUCCGGUGCAUCGCUGUCACGGAUGCGGCGGGAGGAGCUGGUACGGCUGCCACAACCGCAGCCGCUGACGACAGCACCCUUGGCGCUGGCUACGGCGGUUACGGUGAUGCACCCUUCUCGCUAUCCUAUGGAGGUGAUGGUAACGGCGAUGGAAAUGGCAAUGGCGAUGGCAGCGGUGGUGCUGGUGCUGGUGCAAGCGCGGGGCAGGGCUGGAACGGCGGUCUGAGCAGCAUUCAGGUCCACAAGGAGGAGCUGGGAGGGGGUCAGGUGGCGCUGCGGUUCGGACCCGUGGGUCACCUGCAGGAGAGCCGCUGGCUGAUCGUGAGCGACAGCUUCGCGCCCAGCGUUGACCGUGGCGACCUAUCCGCCGGUGAGCUGGGGGAGACGGAGGUGGCCCUCGCCUUCGACCUGGGAGCAGCAGCGGACAUUGCUGCUGCUGCCGCCAGUGCCGCCGCAUCUGCUGCUGCUACAGCUAACAGCACCGGCGCCGCUGGCAGCCGCGGCAGUGGUGGGGCGGCGCCAACAGCGACGCCAGCAGCAUCCAGGCUGGGCGGUGCUUCACUGCCGGCGGCUGCGCUCCCUCGUCCGCCCCGACAGGAAGUGUUCGCCUACCUGCCCACUCGGGACUACGGGCUGAGGUUCAUGGUUAAUGCGGACUUCAUUGUGACAACCAGCAGAGAGGCGGUUGACAACAGCAGUGCCUGGAACCACAUGCUGGCAUCGCGCAUCCCGCAGCUCUUCGCAAGGUCGCUGUCAGAGCUUCAAAAGCUGGAUGAGCAAGCAAUGCAGGAGGAGCAGGCGCAAGAGGACGGCACGAAGGAGGAGGCGCAGCAGCCACAGCAAGAAAAGGAUGUCCCGGCGGCACCCGAAGGACCCGCUGCAGUGGGACCGACCCGUGGGUCACCUGCGGACCAGCCGCUACCCCGGCUGCCGCCCCACGGCUGGCUGAACUACUGGCUGAGCUGCCUGCCGCUGCCGGACGAGCCGCACGACCUGUUCGCCAGCCUGCCCGCGCGCAUCGCCGAGUGCGCUCGCGCCGCGGUGCUGCUGCCCACCGCGUGUGGCCGCAUGCUGUCACCCGCGAGCCACCAGCUGCGGGUCUGCCACGACCCACGGGUCAGGGAGCUGCUGGCAGAACCCAGCAUGCAGGCGGCUCUUCGUUCCGCGGGGCUGUACUUUGUGUCGGAGGCGGUGGCGCCCCUGCACUGCAGCGCCCGCCUGAGGGCGAUGCUGGGGGUGCAGGACUUCCAGGCGCAGGACAUGGUUGACUUGCUGGAGAUGAUGCUGGUCACCGCCCACACCAGCAGCAACACAACCCCUCCUGCGACAUCGCCCACACCAGACCAGCCCGAACCAGCCCCCUCCUCCUCCUCCGCCACCUCCUAUGGCCCCCUCAGCCUGGCUCUGCUAGCCCGGCUGCUGCUGGUCAUCUUCUCAGCGCUCGGGGUGCGACCCGCGGGAGGGGCGACAGGCUCAGGACCUGCAGCAGGAAGAGCAGGAAUCCGCAGUAGUACUAUACCCGCACGACCCCACAUGCGACACCAUCAGCAGCAACCACCCACGUCACGAACAGCUGCUGCUGCUGCUGCCGUACUUCCGCAUCACAACGAACGCCUGUGGGCCACCCUGCGCCGCCUGCGGAUCAUUCCGCUGCUGCAGCAGCAGCAGCAAGCGGGAGGAAGCAAGGAGGAGGGCAAGCAGCAGCAGAGAGGUGGUACCAAUGACCCAUGGGUCGCGGCAGCUGCUGCAGGCGGCGCGGCAAGCUCUCAGUAUGUGUUCAUGCUACCUGGCGAGGGUGAUGAACCUUACGGUGCUGCUCCUGCUCCUGCUGCUUCCUCUGCUCGGUCUGCUCCUUCUGCUGCCGGCGGAAGUGGUCUGUCAGGGGUGUUGGCUGCGGUAGGGUUGCCUCCCGACCUGCGUCCCCUGCUGCAGCCCCUGCAGGAUCUCCAGAUGCUGCUGGGAUCACCGGCAGCGAGAGGUGCAGGUGCAGGCGGAGGCGGGGCUGCCGCAGCUUCUAACUCCACCACCGCGAGUGCAGGAGGGCAGCGGCCCCACACGGGCACCCGUACCCGCAGCGCCCUCCCCUCCCGCAGCAACAGCAGCCCCAACACCCCUCGAAUCCGCUUCCUGGACCCCCGUCUAGCGGAGCAGCUGCCGCCAGGGGAGCAGCGUGCCGUACUGCUGGCGGGGCUGCGGGAGCUGGGUGUACGACAGCUGGAGGCGGCUGACGUGUACGACAUGGCCGUACUGCCGCUCAUGAGGGCGUACGGCAAUGCGAUGGUGAUGGCAGAGGGUCGUGCAGCGAAGUGCGGAGGGGAGGACUCUCCUGCUGGUGUUGGUGGUGAUGACGGUGGUAGUGGUACGACAAAGUCACAGUUGCCUGAGCUACCUGCAUCGACGCUGGUUUCGUGUUUGGCUUUCCCACUGGCAGCGGGUUUGUUGACCCCGCCUCAUCGCGACACCGCCAGCAUUCCCAACAGCAACACCAACACCAACACCCCGAACAUUCCGUACGACAAGUACGAUGACGAGUACGACAACAGAACCCCCGCCGACACCGAUGACGUCAUCCUUCUGGAGGAGCUCCGCUCCUGCGCGUUGUUGCUAACUGACUCGGGAGAUGUCGUACGCUGCCCAUCUGCUACUGCUACCGCUGCUGCUGCUACUAGCACCACUGCCGCGGAGCUCUUCCUGCCCGCUCGGCUGUGCCCUGGGGGGUUCGAUCUGCGGCGCUGCUUCCCCGAGUGGUGUGCCAGCAGGCGGCUAGCAGUGCUGUCGGAUGCCUACCUGCUGAGUGGGGGAGAGGCGGUGACGGAGGCAGCGUGGGCCUGGUUGUUCCGGCAGCUGGGUGCCACGCCCUUCCUCAAACUGCACCCCCGCACCGUCUUCCUGCGCCCCACCCACCUCCUGCUACCCGCUGCUACGGGCCCUGCGUCUGGCGGUACCUCCAGCACCACCACUGCAGCAGCCGCCGCAGCAGCAGCAUCCGGCAAGGGCGCUGCCCCUAACGCUCCUGCCGAUCACGGGCGGGAAAGUGAGGAGGAUGGUGGCAGUUGUGAGGACGAGGCUGAAGAUGCUGUCUGGGCUGCCUCACGCGGUCUGAUCCUGCCCCUGGAAGACUCCCCCUGGCGCUUCUUCGCUCUGCCGCCACCGCAGCACCCGCAGCACCCGGGCACCCCCCAUCACCAGCAGCAGCAGCAGCACCCGCAGCAGCAGCAGCAGCCGCGGCUGCCUGCCUGCCCCCCCGGCUGCGUGUGGCGGCUGGCGGACGUGAGCUGCCCCGCGUUGGAAGACCUGCUGGCAUGCAUACUGCAAGAGGAGAAGCAGGAGGAGAACAAGAAGAAGAAGAGAGGUGGCACAGAGUCCCUCGCCUCCUCCUCCGCAGCCGCCGCCUCAGCACCCGCUGGCUACCUGCAGCUGCAACACCAGCUGUGGCCGUGGCGGCACGGUGUCGGUGCCAGCAGCGGGGACGUACUACCAGGCCAGCAGGCAGCAACCGCAGCAGCAACGCAGCCAACGCCACCACCCGUGCUCAGCUCCCGUCAGACAGCGCUGCUGGGUCGCCUGGCGCAGGAGUUGGAGCGGCAGUGGGGGGCGGGGCGGUACGGGCAGGGACUGAGUCUGAGGGCGGGGGUGCGGGUGGUGAGUGAGGAGCAGGCGAGGGAGGAGCUGGCGGCGGAGGUGGGGGUAGUUGCUGGCAGCGGUGGUGCGGCUGGUGGCAGUGCUGGCAGGGUUGCGAAGGGUGGUUUCGGCGGUGGGCGGGGCAUGAGCGGAGGGAGGCAGCGGGAUGAGGCAGUGGCGGCAGAGGUGGAGGAUACGUCGUGCAUGAUGCUGCCCAGCUCGUUUGCCUUGGUGCUGAGGACCAAGAGGUGGCUGCCCACCAGUCUAGGCACCGCAGCUGCGGCAGUGCCCCGGGGACCUGUCCCUGGUGCUGCUGUCACCGGUGCUGCUUCUGGCGGUGCUGCUGGCGGUGCGGGUGGGGUUGAGGUGGCUGGCGGCGCGGGUGUUGCGGAGGUGGAGGUGGAGGUGGUACCGCAGCUGCCGCGACUGGUGAAGCUGUUUGGCGACUCCCCGCUCCCCUACCUGGCAGUGCCUGGGCUGUCCCCCUCCGGCCCGCUGCUGCGAGCCCUGGGGCUGCCCGCUGAGGUCUCCGCACCCCUGGUGCUGGCACUGCUGAGCAAGCUAGCGGCUGCCGGCAGCAGCAGCAGCAGUGGCAGCAGCCCCCCAGCGGCGGUGGCUCCCCCACUGCUGCUGGAGCCGGGCUGCCUGCACCGGGUGUACGGCUAUCUGGCAGCGGAGGGGCAGCGUGAGGAUGCGAGCUGGGUGGCGGUGUGUGCGGCGUUCGAGCGGGGGCGCCUGAUUUGGCUGCCCGACGCGCCCCUCCCGGCCCCUGCCGGCUCCUCCUCCUCCUCCUCCUCCGCCGCCGCCGCCCUCCGGGUUGCCGGCCGCUUCUACUCCGCGAGCCAGGUGCGGCUGAGCGACCCCACCGGUGUGAUGGAGCAGCUGGCGGCAGAGGAGGCAGCGACGGCAGGGACGGGUGCGGGGGCGGGGGCAGCAGCAGUCCGAGGCAGGAGUAGCAGUGUGAAGGGCGGCGGCGGCAGCAGCAGCGGAGGCAAGGAGGGCAGCAGCGGCAAGGACAAGGGCGCAGCGGGGGGCCGCCUUGUGCGUGUGUUGGACGUGCACUACCCGCCCAAGGUUAUGUCCUUCUUCGAGGAGCUCUGUGCCGUCACCGCCGCCACGUCCACAUCGACAACACACGCCCCCCCUCCGCCGCUGCUGGCCCGCCACCCCUCCCUGGAGGACUACAUGGCGGCCCUGCGCCGCAUCACGGAGGGGGAGGAGACGGCGUCGGCACGGAGCAUGCAGCUGGUUCGCUCCAUCCUGCUGCGCUGGUCGGAGGGUCUGUCCAGCGGCGCCCUGCCCGCGGGGGGUCCGCUGGCGGGUCGGUUGGCGCUGCUGCUGCCGCCGCUGCGCGUGUGGCCGGAUGUGGCGGGCGGCUGGGCGGCCUGCCGGGAGGGUCUGCUGGCCAACGAUUCACCCGAGCUGGCUCGACUGUUCGGGAAGAUGCAGGGUGUUCACAUCUUGGAUGCCAACUUCUGCGGCCCCCUGUCGUCUGCUGCCGAGCCAGCUCCCGGCACCGGCACCACCAGCACCACCAGCAGCGGCUCGUUAGCCCCCCUGUUGGAGCUGCUGGGGGUGCGGCGGCUGUCUCAGUGCGUGGAGGAGGAGGUGCAGUACGAGGGCAUGAGGCAGGGUUGGGUUGUGGAGCGGCUGGUGCGCAUCAGCCUGCAGUUCGUGCAGCGCUUCCUGCUGCACACGCGGCCGCAGCUGUACGGUGCGGUACGGCAGCGGGUGGCGGGCCGGCUGCCGGGGCUGAUGUUCUUUGUGGUGAACAGGGACAGCUUGAAGGUGCUCUACCGGCUGCGGCAUCCCGACGGUCGGCCGCCCCUGCCCGCCGAGUCCCCGCAGCCCCGACCCGUGGUUCUGCAACUGCGCAAGCAGCCCGCAGCAGCAGCGGCGGCGACGGGAGGAGGAGCGGCAGCAGCAGCAGAGGUGCCCUGGUUGUUUGUGGACGAUGUGAGCAACUACCACAAGAUUUGCAAUGAGCUGAGCAGGCUAUUCACGGCGGGCGGGGAGGUGGACUCGGCUCUAGGCAGCUUCCUGAUGUGUCUCAUGAUGAGCCACGAGCAGGACCCCGAUCCGGACCGCGACACGACCCGUGGGUCAGCGGAGCGCUACGCCCGCGACCAGGGCUGCGAGGACCUGCCUCCUGGGGAGCCCGAGUGGCAGGUUCCGCUGGGUAUGCUGCAAAUUGAAUCCGUCGCAGCCGCCAAGGCCGCCGCUGCCGCCGCCGCAAACAACCCCGACGACGCAGCGGCGACAGCGCUUCCCGAGCACGACCCAGACGAGCUGCUGGCGGCGCUGUCACCUGAGCCCCGGCAGCGGCCGCAGCAGCGACAGCAGCAGCAGCAGGCGGCGGCGACGGAGGCAGCGGCGGAGGGAUCGCCGCCACCCAACUCGGCACCACGACCCGAGGCCGCGCUGCUCGACAGUCCCUACUACGCCGGGGCGCCUGGCGGGCGGGGCGGCGGGGCGGCUGUUGGGGGCGGAGGCACUGAGGGAGGCGGCGGAGGUGGAGGUGGCGGAUACUUUGCCGGCGGCGGCGGCGGCGGUGGGGGAUGUUUUGCCGGCGGCGGCGGCGGAGGUGGGGGCGGAGGUGGAGGUGCAGGAGGCUUUGCCGGCGGCGGUGAUGGAGGCGGCGGAGGUGGAGGUGGUGAAGGAAGCUUUGCUGGCGGGGGCGGCGGCGGAGGAGGCGGUGACGGUGAAGGACGGGCCGGAAGAGGAGGAGGCGAUGGAGGCUCAACCCUCGACGGUAGCGGCGGCGGCGGCGGAGGCGCCGCACGUCGCAGCAGUAAUGCUGGCGCCGGCGGCGACGGCAGUGCUGGUGCGGGAAUGGCUGAACGCGUUCCUGACGGAGGCGGCGGCGGAGGCGCCGCAGGCGCUGGCAGCGUUGGUAUGGCCGCAGGCGUGAGAGGGGUGCGCAGCAGCAGUGCUGGCUCGGGACGGGGUCUAGGUCGCUUGCUGGGAGUGCUGUCGGGCGGCGGGGGAGGCCGACCCAUGGGUCCGUCAGACCCGGCGGCUGGGACCGGAACUCCGGAGGCAAUGGCGGCGGCGAGUGGACCGGGCGGCGGGGGCGCACGGCGGGUCCUGUUCGAUGACGAUGUGGACAACCGCGGUCGACGACUGCAAUGGCUCCGGCUGCCCGAGCUCAUGGACGAGGACGACAGCCAAGCCCACCAGCUGCUAGCCGAGUUGGGCGCUAGCAUCACGGAGCUGUACGGCACUCCGCUGGAUCCUCCGCCCGCUGAUGAUGACGAGGAUUCUGCCUCCGUCGCCGUUGCGCCCGGCAUCAGUCGUGAGUCCGCUGCCCGCUGGUCCGAGGCGCUGGUGUUUGAGCUGCUGCGGCGGGACGCGGCGGUGGCGGCGGGCGGGUGGCGGGUGGAGUGGGUCAGCGGGCGGGAGGAGUCGCGGCUGGCGCCGUACGAUAUCCUGCUGACACGUGGAGAAGGUGCCAGCCUGGAGCAGGUGUUUGUGGAGGUGAAGAGCAGCACCUCCUGCAACAAGAGGAGCUUCGAGGUCAGCACACAGGAGCUAAGCAAGGCGGCGCAGGAGGGCAGCAGGUACAUCAUCUUCCGGGUGCUGGGUGUGGGCGACCUGGCCUCGCUGGAGCUGCUGGUGCUGGCCGACCCGUGGGACAUGUGUGCACGCAAGGAGCUGCGCCUGUGUCUGCUGACGGGAUAAUGCAUUUGUUAGGUCUUCAUGUGUGUGUUUAGAAAAAAACUGGCCGCCAGUCGGAACGUACUGUGAUUGCCGGAAAAUGAAGUUCCCACAGAAACGCCAUAGGAGCCAUGUGUAUUCACGCAAGGAGGUCGUGGGCGGUGUAGGUCCUGUCUGGCGCAGUAUCACUUAUUAAUGGACUUGGCAAUCGCUGCUGCGACAUGCAAGCAGCCCGGCAGACGCUGGCAAGGCUCCUGCAGGUGCCUAUGCCUGCCUUUGCAAGCUUGCGGGGUUGAUCGAUGACCUGUCUGUUGCCCGAAUAUCUGCGGCAGAGUCCACCGUCGUACACUAGCUUUCCACGCACGCACUACUGUGUCAAGACCAGCAAUAAUUACCAGCAAGUGUUAGCAGGGCUCAGACGAUCUGCCGUGGCUGGCAUUGAUGGCGCAGCUGUUGCCGAGCGACCUGCCC